AUGAGGAACUUAAUGCAAAUCAACAUCAUGGUUAAAGAAGCCAACUUCACAAGGCUAUGCAAGAGCAAGAGGAUCUUGACGGUGAAUGGUGAAUUUCCUGGUCCGACUAUUUAUGCUCAUAGGGGUGAAACCCUCAUUGUUAACGUAUUCAACCGAGGCAAUCUAGGCAUCACUAUUCACUGGCAUGGAGUGAAGCAACCAAGAUAUCCAUGGUCUGAUGGGCCUGAAUUCAUCACACAAUGUCCGAUYAAACCAGGAGGCAACUUUAGCCARAAAAUCAUUCUUUCUGACGAAGAAGGCACRCUAUGGUGGCAYGCUCAUAGCGAUUGGACUCGAGCCACUGUUCAUGGUCUAAUCGUUAUAUUCCCCAAGAUCGGAAGGCCAUACCCUUUCCCUAAACCAGCCGCCGAGUUUCCCAUCAUCUUUGGUGAAUGGUUUAGGCAAGAUGUUGAGGCUGUGUUGCUAGAUUUCAUGAGCACCGGAGGGGAUCCUAAUUCAUCUGAUGCUCUAACCAUCAAUGGCCAACCUGGUGAUCUUUACCCUUGCUCUACUGCAGAAACAACCAAGUUCAUUGUGGAACAUGGAAAAACUUAUAUGCUCAGAAUGGUUAAUGCCGCGAUGAACCUCUUCAUGUUCUGGGCAAUUGGAGACCACGAAGUAACCGUUGUAGGAACCGAUGGUGCAUACACCAAGCCACUAAAAAGCGACUAUGUGACCAUCUCCCCUGGCCAAACCAUCGACCUCUUGUUUAAAGCCAACCAACCCAUAGGUCGCUAUUAUAUUGCAGCUAAGCCAUAUAAUAGCCAGCCAUUGAUUAGUUUCGAUAACACUACCACCACAGCCAUUAUCGAGUACAAAGGUUACGAAAAAUCAUCUUCACCUCCAAUUUUUCCCCAUCUUCCAAAGGUUAGUGACAUCAGUGCAUCGGUUAAUUUCACUGGAAGCCUUAGAAGUUUAGCAAGUCGUGCUCAUCCUAUCGACGUCCCAAUGAAGAUCACACACAACUUCUUGUUCACCAUCUCCAUCAACACAUUGCCAUGCCCUAAUAAUGCAUGUUUAGGACUUGGAGGACGUAGGUUUGCUGCAAGUGUAAACAACAUAACAUUUGAUUCUCCAAGGAUUUCGAUACUGGAUGCUUAUUAUAGAAGAAUCACUGGUGUUUAUGGAGACGACUUUCCCAGUUUCCCACCAUUGUUUUUCAACUUUACCUCCACUAAUCUGAGUACAUCGUUGCAGACUCCGUUGAAUGCUACAGAGGUGAAAGUACUAGAUUUCAAUGACACAGUAGAGCUGGUGUUUCAAGGAACAAACUUGGUUGCAGGGAUCGAUCACCCCAUGCAUUUGCAUGGGCAUAGUUUUUACGUUGUUGGAUGGGGAUUUGGUAACUUUAAUAGAAGURAGGAUCCUUUGGGGUAUAAUCUUGUUGAUCCUCCUCUCCAACAAACCAUUGCAGUUCCGAAAAAUGGGUGGACAGCUAUUAGAUUCAAGGCCGAUAACCCUGGUGAGUCUAUAUUUCUAAAAUAA